CCGAGGACAGAAGCGGGCCCAGGGCACCCUGGCAGAGGACCCAGGCAGUGAGGGCCUGCGGCCCCAGAUCAGGGCAGCGGCGCGGCGGGCGCGGCGGGGACCUGCGUGAGGACGCCCUGAGCCCCAGGCGGGCAGCGAGCUGUCCGGCGAUGCCUCAUAAUUCCCUCAGAUCCGGCCAUGGGGGGCUGAACCAGCUGGGAGGCGCUUUCGUGAAUGGCAGACCCCUGCCCGAAGUGGUGCGCCAGCGCAUCGUGGACCUGGCCCACCAGGGUGUGCGGCCCUGUGACAUCUCCCGCCAGCUCCGUGUCAGCCAUGGCUGUGUCAGCAAGAUCCUGGGCAGGUACUACGAGACUGGCAGCAUCCGGCCUGGGGUGAUUGGCGGCUCCAAGCCCAAGGUGGCCACCCCCAAGGUGGUGGAGAAGAUUGGCGACUACAAGCGGCAGAACCCCACCAUGUUUGCCUGGGAGAUCCGAGACCGGCUCCUGGCUGAGGGUGUCUGUGACAAUGACACUGUGCCCAGUGUCAGCUCCAUCAACAGAAUCAUCCGGACCAAAGUGCAACAACCGUUCAACCUCCCGAUGGACAGCUGCGUGGCCACCAAGUCCCUGAGCCCAGGACACACUCUGAUCCCGAGCUCAGCCGUGACACCCCCGGAGUCACCCCAGUCAGAUUCUCUGGGCUCCACCUACUCCAUCAAUGGGCUACUGGGGAUUGCCCAGCCCAGCAGCGACGGCAAGAGGAAGAUGGACGACAGUGACCAGGACAGCUGCCGGCUGAGCAUGGACUCCCGCAAACACCUCCGAACGGACACCUUCAGCCAGCACCACCUGGAGCCGCUCGACUGUCCCCUGGAGCGACAGCUCUACCCCGAGGCCUAUGCCUCCCCCAGCCACACCAAAGGCGAGCAGGGUCUCUACCCACUGCCCCUGCUCAACAGCGCCCUGGACGACGGGAAGGCCACCCUGACCCCAUCCAACACUCCCUUGGGGCGCAACCUCUCAACUCAUCAGACCUACCCUGUGGUGGCAGAUCCUCACUCACCCUUCGCCAUAAAGCAGGAAAGCCCCGAGGUGUCCAGUUCUAGCUCCACCCCUUCCUCUUUAUCUAGCUCCGCCUUUUUGGACCUGCAGCAAGCCAGCUCCGGGGUCCCCGCGGGAGCCUCGGUCCCGCCCUUCAAUGCCUUUCCCCACGCUGCCUCCGUGUACGGGCAGCUCGCGGGCCAGGCCCUCCUCUCAGGACGAGAGAUGGUGGGGCCCACGCUGCCUGGAUACCCACCCCACAUCCCCACCAGCGGGCAGGGCAGCUAUGCGUCUUCCGCCAUCGCCGGCAUGGUGGCAGGAAGUGACUAUUCUGGCAACGCCUAUGGCCACACCCCCUACACCUCCUACAGCGAGGCCUGGCGCUUCCCCAACUCCAGCUUGCUGAGUUCCCCGUAUUAUUACAGUUCCACACCGAGGCCAAGUGCACCACCCACCACCGCCACAGCCUUUGACCACCUGUAGUCGCCAUGGGGACAGUGGGAAUACUGGGGCAGCAAGAGGACCCGGCUUGGGACAGGCCCCAGAGCGUCACCGAAAGGAAUCUUUAUUUAUUACAUGAAAAUCCCAAGUCCAGCCUUGCGGGUCACUCCCUGUGUGGUUGACUUAAUGAACCAUGAGACACAGGACAACUUCGGAGAAGGCCGGACUCUCCUCCAAGAUUCCAGUGAGCCAGGAGUCCCAUCCCAAAAGACACAGAACGAGACAUGUGGGGAGACAGGCGCGGCCUGGAGCUCCAGAUAUAUGGCAGCAGGGCCCACAGUGGGCUGAGGGCCCCAGCUGUCCUUUUGUCCAUCCCACGUCACAGCCACCCUGAGGGUCCCUCCUGCAGGGCUGCCCCAGAGCUGAGGCUCUGGCCUGCUUGGCCCCUCCUACCCCCGCCCCCCACCUUGGUCACAGGCUGAGUGCUGGGUCUGGUCAACCGGAAGCUCUAGCGGUGGUCAGGGGGCCUCCUCUUGCCUGCUGCUGGGAUGCCAAGAGAACAGGCUUGUCACAGCGGGAGACAGAGUUCCCAAAGGGCCCAGGCAGAACAGGUGGAGCCCCCCUGUGGCCCCAAGAGCCCUACCAAGGAGGCCCCAGCAAGGAGACCCUCGUCACCCCAGCCAGGGAUGUAGGUUCCCUCUCUGCCCCACUUGCCUGGGCUCGUGCCCCAAGGCCUGACUGUAAAUACUGUAAAUGCAGCUCUGUGUGGGCCGCUUCCCUCUGUGCACUUGGGCCCUCAGUGAAUCGUCCCUCUGCCGUGCUGGGCUUCUCUCCUCGCUGCUUCUUUUUUUUUGAAAGGCUGCCCACCAUUGCCGCUCAACUCAAUAAACCACGACUCCAUUUCAGGCUCCGGGGUCGCCUGGGAAUCCCUGGGACUGGAGCCCCCGCUGUAACUUGUGCCACGCCGCACACCACCUAGCCCAUGCUUUGUGUCCUGCAGCUCCAAGAAAAUGCAAGUAUAAAAUAAGCGCAGGGACAGUCCCAGCCAGUCUUAGACACCCAAACAGAGUCAGUGUGGAGGCGGUGACCGCCUGCCUGGGCAUGGCGCACAGAAGCAGCUGUAAGCUGGUGGUGUGUGCAGGGGACAUGAUGUCCACUGUGCUGUACUGUGCCAGGCUCAGUGUGGAGUCCUCACACCAAGGAAGGUGGGAUUGGGUCCAUUUUACAUGUGGGGCAACUGAGGCUCAGGAAAAGUGAAACCACCUGCCUGAGGAGAAGUGGUGGGCUCAAUGAAGUCCUCUUACUGUAAGUCCAGCACUUCCAACACAGCAAGGCCCUGGUCAGGCUGCUGGAGGGUCCUAGAUGCAGGGAGCCAUGGGGUGGCUGGGCCAGGAUGGGGGCAGGGAGCCUGCAGGGACAACCCUCCCCAAGUUUUGGAGAACAAGAAAGCACAUCCCAUGGUGACUGCAAGGGCUCUGCCCCCACGGGGUGCCUGGCCGCCCCAGGGGCUGUGUGCUGUCUGCACAGACUGUCUCCAGGUGGGACCCCUGGAACGAGGGGUAGGGUUCUGGCUAGACACCCAGGUGAAUUUGACAGCUGGACAGACAGCAACCAGGGUUGAGUCAGAGGGAAGGCGUCCUCACCCCCAGCACACACAACACCCCGUGGACUCCAAGCUGGGAGACAGGAGAGGCCAGGGUGCUCACCAAUGAGAGCAUGGAGCCACGGGGUGGGGGGACCCUCCCACAGAGGAAACCGGUCACUGUCUCUUCCGAGGGGGUGAGAGAUGAGGCUGGUCUUUUAACAGCAGGACUCCCCUCUGGCUACGAGCCUGGCAGUGGCACUGGACCCCACUAUGCCUGAGGCUCCUUGCACUCCUGAACCUCUGCAUCCGAGGCCCUGAGGCAGCCCCCACCUUGUUCUGGGGCCACAGGGAACCCUACUCAUGAAUCACUGAGAUGCAGGGCACCCAGGGAGCCUCCGGGGCUGGCCCUCUCCAACCCUGAAUGACAAAGGGACUUGGGCAGUGCUUGUGCUGUGGGUGACAUGGUUCAGUACACCCUUUCCUACCCCUCCUGUGCCAGGCACACACGGAACCCUGGGAUAGCUCAGGCAGGGGAGCUAGUGCCACUGCCCACACAGGGCCUGCUGGGGGCGCCGCUCUGCUCCCUCCCCACACACCUUUCCCGGGCUGGGGGCGCCUUCACCCUUGGAAGUUAUGACAGCCCUCACAUCGCCUUAGUGUCUUUCUGUUUGUAAAGCUUGUCCAUAUCCAUUUUCCUGAUUCUGAAUAUUGGCCCCAUUUACACUUGGGGAAACCGAGAAUGAGAGCUGACCUUUUCAAGGUCAUUCACAGGACUGGGACCGCAGCCUGAGCCCUGACCUAAGGCCGAAUCCGCACCCUUGC